AUGAGUUCCAAACCGAAGCCGAAGAGCGCUUCCAACGAGCAGAUAAUCGCGGGAUUCAACGAAUUGCGUUCAGAACAGCGACAGGUGGCCAACAAAGUGGCCGAACUCGAGGCCGACCUCUCGGAACACAAGUACUGGCCACUCGUCGUCGAGGCGUUGGUCGACGUGAACGGCGAUCGCAAGUGUUUCCGAAUGAUUGGCGGCGUUUUGGUGGAGCGGACGGUCGCCGAAGUGUUGCCGUCGUUGCAGAAGAACAAAGAGAUGAUCGCGCAAAUGAUUGAAACACUGAAACAGCAAAUCGUGACGAAAGGACAGCAAAUCACGGAAUAUAUGGACAAAAACCACAUUCAGAUCCGAUCGCAGCCGACGGCGCCCUCGGCCACGCCUCCCGAGACGGGCGGCGGCGACUCGGAGGGGGCGGGGGUUUUGGUGGCCAACACUUAACGCAAUAAACGUUUUUAUUUGAGA